AUGCAUGCAGUUUUGACCGUGGUUGGAAAAAGAUUGGAGCAUUUGUGGGAUCAAAAACAGUUAUUCAGAGCAAGCCUUAAAUGUGGUGGAUUACGUAGCCAUGCACAGAAAUAUUUUCUGAAGGUCCAGAAGAAUGGAACAAAUGAACAUCUAUCUACAUCUACCCCGUCUCGCCAAAAAAGGAAAGCUGCUCAUCCUUACUUCCAGAAAGCGUCUGAUUCUUCUUUGUUACCUAGCAAUUCGAUUAUUGCUUCCAUGCCGUCAUGGACAGACCACACUGUGCAAGCUGGCAGUUUAUCCCAAAUGAAGAAAGGUUCAGUCUUUGUUGCAACAUGCAUGAGAGGAACAUUUCAACCUGUGACCAAUAACUACUGUAUCAGUAGCAGUGAAAGCACUCCAACAUCAAAAUCAACACAUGAACUGAUAGAGGGGCACAGGGACCUUAAAUGA